GGGUGUCGGACUCUGUAAUACGAUGUCACCAGAGCCAUAGCACAGUUAGUAUGCCUCAAUUCGACGAAAGCAUCAUCAAUGCGGUGCUGUGCAAUGAAACCAACCCCGUUAUCCAUCUGCUAGAAAAUGGAUUCAAUGUGAAUGAAACGGAUGAUUGGGGGUACAGUCUCUUGCACUAUGCGGCCAGCAAGGGGCACCAAGAGAUGUGUCUCAUACUGCUGCAGAGGGGUGCAGAUAUCCGCUUAGUCGACCAGGACAGCCGCACACCAAGAUCGGCGGCUCUAGAGAAUGGGGAAAAUCAAAUUGUAGAUCUAAUUGACACCUGGAUUGCUCUCAAAGCCCAGGGUGCGGCCUGCCUAGAUAUCAAAUCUAAUGCCAGGGAAACCAACCCCAGUUUGCCUUCCACCGUUGUUCCAGCACCCAAACGGGCCGCCAAGGAACCGCGGCAAGACCACGACGCUGAUUUGGCAAUGGACGAGGCCGGCGGUGAACCCAUUUCAAAUAGCACAUCGUCGAACAAGCGCAAGUCACCAAGUCGACAACACUUCUGCUACAUGUGCGGCACAACCAUGAUGCCAAAUGUUUUGCAGGCGUUCUGCCACUCGUGUGGUGUGAAGGUUAACGUGUAAUUACCGCAGUCGAUCGUGCUGACGAGUGCCUCGCUAGCGUGCUUUCACUACUCGAUUUGGGAAUCUGAGAAAUGUUACACCAAUGGGCCCGAUGUGAGUAUGAAUCGCGGAAGUUGUCCCCCAUUUGCGACGUAAAAACAAUGCGCAUCACUCCGGAUAACAAUGCCGGCGAGAUUAUGUUACAGGUUUGUCAUGUGUGCGGGAUGAACAUCACAGAAGCAGUCUCACUCAACACACAACCCUGGCGGUGGAUAUGUCACUGGCAUUCUCAUCUGGUUGCAGCGUGAAGGUUCAAGAAUAGUACAGUUAUGAUGGCCCGUAAUGUCAGAUAUUUUGAAGCGUUCUGCCAUGCGUACGAAAUAGAUAUCAAUAUAAUGCACGACUUAGGAUCAGAAACCUAUCGUACCUGCAGCGCAAGUAUCAUACCAAACCUUUACUAGUCUGAACGGCAGUAGCGUACUGAUACCUUUCACAAGAACAAGGGAACAAGAGUGAGCAUGUGAUAUCCUUGAAUAUGCUCUGCGCGCAAUAUGAAAAAGCGUGUAUCGCUCGAAGUCUCGAGUAUGACACAGGUAAUAAACUUCAAAGCCCUUUCCCAGCUAUACUGUAGAAGAUUCUCGUUGCGUCCUAAAGCGUCCUGAAAGCCGAGUAGUCACAAAUGUGAUGUGCUCGGCAGCUAAACAUGAAACUGCGCCCGUAAUCAGCCAUUUCCCGCUGCUGUCCCAUUCACCACUGGCGCUUGCAUAUCCCCUUGAUGUGCAUUUCUUCCUGACGCCUUACUCCCACUCGGAUUAUUUUGGUGGUUGCUAUUGUCUCGCGGGGGCUUGUGUUUGUUCCGAUUGGCAGAGCUGGGCUUAUUCCUGGGCCUGCCCGUUCCCGCCGUCGUAGUGUUGUCACCCGAAAUUUUCCUACGUGAUUCACCACCAACCUUCUGAUCAUUCGGACCAUUUGCCCCGCUCGCCGCGUGUGGUUUCUUUCUAUGGGUCCUCUUAGGCUUGCUACCGCUCUGUUCCUUUCGUAGCUCUUCCUUAUUCGUCCCUUCUUUUCUUUGAUUUACCCGUUCGUGGUGUAUGUUCGAUCCCUCCACCCGUUUAUAUGGUCCCUCGCCCCUUUCCCUCGUCCCAUCAGCUCUCUUGUUACCCCCACCUUCAUUCCCUUUCCGCUGUUGUCCACUUCGCCGUCCAUUAGAGGUUUCGGUUUG